UGCUGGUCCCACAGUGUGACCUGGGUCCCUGUACCGCCUCCCAUUGCUCCCACUCUGCCAUGUGCCACUUUGAGGUCUCCUCACACUCCUGCGGUUUUCCAUUUUGUCAUAGGUUGCUGGCAGAUUACAGGCCUCCCAUAGGUGCCGCCAGGCCCCAAAUCGGCCAUGGGCCCCCGUACCGCCUGGUCACGCUGCUGCUGAGCCCACAGUGUGACCUGGGUCCCUGUACCGCCUCCCAUUGCUCCCACUCUGCCAUGUGCCACUUUGAGGUCUCCUCACACUCCUGCGGUUUUCCAUUUUGUCAUAGGUUGCUGGGAUUACAGGCCUCCCAUAGGUGCCGC